GCCGUGGUCGUUGUUAGACGACGUUCAUAAAUCACAUUUUUUAAACUCUCCCCUAAAAAAGGAGAGUUUAAAACGGCAAAUAAACCGGGAGCCACACAGAUUUUAACAACUAUUUGUAGUUGUUAAAACUUUUAUUCUCCACCGAGUGUUUGAAAAACCUUAAAAAUUAACAAACUAACAACAAUGGCACCUGUGCGGGGAGAUGGUAUGCGCGGUCUGGCGGUUUUUAUAUCGGACAUAAGAAACUGUAAAAGUAAAGAAGCGGAAGUAAAAAGAAUCAAUAAAGAGCUGGCCAAUAUACGUAGCAAAUUUAAAGGUGACAAAACGCUGGACGGGUAUCAGAAAAAGAAAUAUGUGUGUAAACUGUUAUUCAUAUUUCUACUGGGGCAUGAUAUAGAUUUUGGUCAUAUGGAAGCUGUUAAUUUGUUGUCAUCCAACAAAUACUCGGAAAAGCAAAUUGGUUAUUUGUUUAUAUCGGUUUUGGUUAACACCAAUAGCGACUUGAUACGUUUGAUAAUUCAAUCGAUCAAAAAUGAUUUGCAAUCUCGUAAUCCGGUACAUGUUAACUUGGCAUUACAAUGCAUUGCCAAUAUUGGUAGUCGCGACAUGGCCGAGUCAUUCUCCAAUGAAAUACCAAAAUUAUUGGUUUCUGGCGAUACAAUGGAUGUGGUGAAGCAGUCCGCCGCUCUCUGUCUUUUGCGUUUGUUCCGUUCGAGUCCUGACAUUAUCCCUGGCGGAGAGUGGACAUCGCGCAUUAUACACUUGUUAAACGAUCAGCAUAUGGGUGUGGUAACUGCAGCAACUUCUUUGAUUGAUGCUUUGGUCAAACGCAAUCCCGAUGAGUACAAGGGUUGUGUGAAUUUGGCCGUUUCUCGUCUGUCUCGUAUUGUGACAGCCAGCUACACAGAUUUACAGGAUUACACUUAUUAUUUCGUGCCAGCUCCUUGGCUUUCCGUUAAGUUGUUGCGUUUGCUACAGAACUACAAUCCAGUAACUGAAGAACCCGGCGUUCGUGCACGCCUUAAUGAAACUCUAGAGACUAUUUUGAAUAAGGCUCAAGAACCGCCAAAGAGCAAAAAAGUUCAGCAUUCGAAUGCUAAAAAUGCUGUUCUCUUUGAAGCCAUAAAUCUAAUCAUACACAGUGACAGUGAACCGAAUUUGCUGGUGCGUGCUUGUAAUCAAUUGGGCCAAUUUUUGAGCAAUCGCGAAACCAAUUUACGUUAUUUGGCUUUAGAAUCUAUGUGCCAUUUGGCCACAUCCGAAUUUUCACACGAGGAAGUGAAGAAACAUCAGGAAGUUGUUAUACUUUCCAUGAAGAUGGAAAAAGACGUUUCAGUUCGCCAAAUGGCUGUUGAUUUGCUUUAUGCCAUGUGUGAUCGUAGCAAUGCAGAGGAAAUUGUCCAAGAAAUGUUAAAUUAUUUGGAAACAGCCGACUAUUCCAUACGCGAGGAAAUGGUAUUAAAGGUUGCCAUAUUAGCUGAAAAAUAUGCCACAGAUUUCACAUGGUAUGUUGAUGUAAUUCUCAAUCUCAUUCGUAUUGCCGGUGACUAUGUAUCAGAAGAGGUCUGGUAUCGUGUCAUUCAAAUCGUUAUUAAUCGCGAAGAAGUACAGGGCUACGCUGCUAAGACGGUUUUCGAAGCUCUCCAGGCACCAGCUUGUCACGAAAACAUGGUCAAGGUUGGCGGCUAUAUAUUAGGCGAAUUCGGUAACUUAAUUGCAGGCGAUUCUCGUUCCGCCCCAUUGGUACAAUUCAAGUUGUUACAUUCGAAAUAUCAUCUAUGUUCACCAAUGACCAGAGCCUUGCUAUUGUCUACAUACAUUAAAUUUAUUAAUUUGUUCCCCGAGAUACGUACCAACAUCCAAGAAGUAUUCCGUCAACAUAGUAACUUGCGCUCAGCAGAUGCUGAGCUACAACAGAGGGCUAGCGAAUAUUUGCAAUUGAGUAUUGUGGCUUCCACAGAUGUACUGGCUACUGUCUUGGAAGAGAUGCCUUCUUUCCCCGAGAGAGAGAGUUCGAUAUUGGCAGUGUUAAAGAAGAAGAAGCCUGGUCGGGUACCAGAGAAUGAGAUAAGGGAAUCGAAGAGUCCAGCUCCAGCAGCUGUGCAAAAUAAUACUCAUGCUGCUACCAAUCAUAAAGUGAAUAGCAAUGCUAAUGCAGAUCUAUUGGGAUUAAGUACACCACCGGCGAAUAAUGCCGUCAACAAUAGCGGUGGCACAUUAAUCGAUGUCUUGGGCGAUAUCUAUGGCAGUGCCAAUAACAAUACAGCAAUUUACAAUACCAAAAAGUUCCUCUUCAAGAACAAUGGUGUUUUGUUUGAAAAUGAGAUGCUACAAAUCGGCGUUAAAAGUGAAUUCAGACAAAAUCUUGGACGUCUUGGUUUAUUUUAUGGCAAUAAAACUCAAAUUCCUUUAACGAAUUUCACUCCUGUCCUACAAUGGGACCCAGAAAAUGCUUUAAAACUGAACGUUCAAAUGAAACCCGUUGAACCCACCUUAGAAGCUGGUGCACAAAUCCAACAAUUACUAACAGCUGAAUGCAUAGAAGACUAUUUGGAUUCUCCCACAAUCGAGGUGAAUUUCCGCUACAAUGGUGUACAACAAAAGUUCAAUAUUAAGCUGCCAUUGACCAUCAAUAAGUUCUUCGAACCGACGGAAAUGAAUGCAGAUUCAUUCUUUGCUCGAUGGAAAAAUUUAAGUGGCGAACAACAAAGAGCUCAAAAAGUAUUCAAAGCCCAGCAACCUUUGGAUUUGGCCGGUGCUCGAAACAAACUCAUGGGCUUUGGCAUGCAAUUGCUGGAUAGUGUGGAUCCAAAUCCCGAUAACAUGGUGUGUGCGGGUAUCAUACACACACAGUCACAACAAGUGGGCUGUUUGCUAAGACUGGAGCCCAACAAACAAGCACAGAUGUUCCGCUUGACAAUACGUGCCAGCAAAGAAAGUGUUACAAGAGAAAUCUGCGAUUUGUUAUCAGACCAAUUUUAAAACUGGAACAUAUUAAAAGCUUAAAAAGAACAUUUUUAAUAACUGCAUCCAUCAUAAGGGAAAUUGCAACGAUUUUCUUUUUUUACAACUAAAAAAAUAAUGUUCUGAGGACAAAAAGUCGAAUAAAUCAACAAAAUAUCGUCAUAGGAACUUCAUAAAAAAACAAGUAAUAAAAUAAUAGUUAAAAUCCAAAAAAAAACUAUGUUAAAAAAUACCACAAACAUAGAAAAUAAGCUUGCAUUAAUUUGAAUGAAACAAAAGAAAAAAAACAUUAAAGUUAUAUUCAGUUUUUCCUAAGAUAUUGAAAUAAAAGUGAAUUGGAAACUAUCCCCUCUCAAAGAGAAAGAAGAAGAACUAGAGCUAUAAGUUUCUUCUGACGAAAUUCAUAAAACUUUCUAAAGCACAA